UCAAAAUGGAGAUGGAUGCCUUGAAGAACCUGAGACAUCAGCAUAUAUGUCAACUCUACCAUGUGCCAGAGACAGUGGACAAAAUAUUCAUGGUUCUUGAGUUCUGUAAGUAGUGACACUAUCUGUGUGGCUGUGUUGCUGCUGAAGUACUGCCCUGGAGGAGAGCUGUUUGACUACAUCAUCUUCCAGGGUCGCCUGUCAGAGGAGACCCACAUCACCUUCCGGCAGAUAGCAGCUGCAGUUGCUUACAUGCACAGCCAGGGAUAUGCUCACAGGGACCUCAAACCAGAAAAUUUGUUGUUUGAUGAAUAUCAUAAAUUAAAGCUGAUUGACUUUGGUCUCUGUGUGAAACCCAAGGGUAACAAGGAUUACCAUCUACAGACAUGCUGUGGGAGUCUUGCUUAUGCAGCACCCAAAUUAAUACAAGGCAAAUCAUAUCUGGGAUCAGAGGUAAUUAUUCAUUGA